AUGACUCCCCAUCACCGUCCUCUAUAUUUCAACGCUGGUGCACAAUCCUGCUCCAGCAAAGGGUUCAACUCCGCCAAAUCAGUGAAUGCUUUCCAUACGCAGCUCGAAGAUUAUCACCCAUCUCCCCUCAUGCUGUUGCCUGGUGCGGCAGAGGAUAUUGGGGUCAAGGCCAUCUACGCGAAGAAUGAAACCAACCGACUGGGACUCCCGGCAGUCAACACUCUCAGCGUGUCAUGGGCAAUUUUUCGAGCUGUAGUAAAUCGUUUAGGGUUGCUGGAGGAUGCUACUAUCAAGGCAGUCAGGGCUUGUCUGUCUGAAGAACCCGUUCCUCUCUUCACUCCCUCGGAGGGCAACCACGGGCAGGCUGUGGCUCAUAUAGGCUUGCUCCUGGCAACACCGGUUCAGAUCCACGUCCCGUUAAUUACUGAGGGUUACUCAACAAUUAUGCAUGAGAUUGACUACCAGCUCGCAGGUGAGCAGCUGAGCCUUGUAGUCUCUCCUGCUCGGGCUGGAUCGCUCGCCCAAGCAGUUGUGGCCCACUACAAAUCAUCAGAAAGGAAAUCUACAGUCUUCAUGGCAGUUGAGCCAGACACCGCUGGCCUUUUGUGGAAUAGCUUGACUAAUGGGAAACCCGCGAUCGGGAAAACUAGUUCAACCAUCAUGACUGAGCUAAAGUGUGGGAGACUUUCUGAGACCGUGUGGCCACUUCUAAAAUGUGGAACUGACGCAAGUAUAACAAUCUCUGACUACGAGGCCCAUCGGGCGAGCCUUGAGCUACAAAUGCUAGGCAUUGCAGGACCCAGUGGUGCAGCCAGUCUAGUGGCUCUUCGUGCGCUCAGUGAAUCAGACAAGACUCAGUUGGGGCUUAAUCAGGAUUCUAUAACAUUAGUGCAAAUUGGCUCUUCAAAUCCUGAUUUCAGCUCCAUUCCAGGCCCGGGUGAAACCUCGAUUGCACAAUAUAUCACUGUGUGGCUUCAGCAUCGCAACAUCGAAUACCAUUGGAUUGAGCCAACUCCAGGGCGACCUUCCGUUGUUGGUAUUGCACGCGGCUCUGGUGGAGGCAAGAGCCUCAUGUUCAAUGGGCAUAUGGACACUGUCACGCUCCUAGGGUACAAUGGCGACCCUCUUAACCUUUUAAUAUCCGAUGGGAAUCUUUAUGGUCGGGAUUCUGCGGAUAUGAAGAGUGGUCUUGCUGUUGGCAUGGUAGCCAUCGCCAAUGUGAAGGGAAUUAAUUUGAGGGGAGACAUGAUCCUCGCGGCGGUUGCGGAUGAGGAGUCAGAAAGCCUUGGAAUGGAGCAAUUACUGCAAGCAGGAUGGCGUGCGGAUGCUGCCAUUAUUGCUGAACCGACCGAGAUGGCUCUCAUCAACAAGCACAAGGGAUUUGCGUUAUUUCAAGUUGAUAUUCACGGCGCAGCCGCUCAUGGAUCUCGUGCGGAUCUCGGUGUCGACGCCAUCUGCAAAGCUGGAUAUUUUCUCGUCGAGCUUGGAUAA